GUGACGCUUCGCGUGAUUUCGAAAUGCGUCUCAAUAUCGCACAGACACAAAUGAUUACAGGAAUCGAAUAAGGUAGAACUUCGACUAACUUACUUCCCAGACCGCUUGUUCUACUAUAACAACGAAGUCAAUAAAAAUCAUGCCGCGUGUGCGAGGUGUUGCGAAAACGAGUUGUGGUGCGCCGAGAGCAUCAGCCUCAUCUCGUCCGCUGCCAGGUGGGACGACCAAGCCUAAGACCUGCUCCAUCAGGAGUAAAAACCCAUCUCGUGCUGGACCCGGGCGAGGCGGGUUCGCCUUCGAUUUUCCGUCGUUUCUCCGGACGGUUUCCUGGGAAAAGGAAAAUGUACGGACGAGGAGGGGACUAGUGAAAGCGAUGGAGCAAGCGCUUCAGUACAAGAGAUUGGACGCUGCGCUGUGGUUUCACUUUGCCGGCAUCGCUGGACGGUUUUUGAGGAAACAUCAGGAAACAACAAGUGCAAGUGGACGCCGCGACAGGAGGAGUAGUCGCGUAGGCGAUAUGUUGCACGAGGAUGGUGGUGCUCCAGGAGAAGAACAGGAUCGCGCUUUCGUGGUGCGCACGUUGAGCUUGAUCUCCAGAGCGGGCGUCCGCGGAGAAGAUUGCUCGUUCUACAGGGAAGCAGCAGUCUGGGUGCAACGACAUCUUCUUUUGACCAAGAAGACCUCUCCCCGUGCUGUUCAUGCAACGUCCGCCUGCCGUGAGGACAACACGACCGAGGAUUAUAAUGUCGACACGCUUGUCUUUGUCGCGAAAUGCUUCGCCAGAGUGGAGUAUCCGCAACACAAACUGUUGCGAAGCGCAAUACCGAACGGGUUAUUAAGCGUCGGUGGAAGCAGAAGCACUACAUGGGAAGAGGCCAGCUGCACCGCUUCUGGAAAUGAUGACUGUCUGAAUAGCGGCGCAGUGCCACCACAUGCAGUUGCAGUUCACAUCCCCUUAACCGCUCGUUUCGUUGCAGACCUUUUCCUGCUGUAUUCGUGGUACUUGCGACAGAACAGUACGCGGCUGUCGGAACGAGAGCAAACGCUGAUUGGGCACGCACUGCAGAGCAUCCUUCACCUUGUGAGCCGCAGAGCGGUCACGAAAAAUCCAGCAGCAGGAAUCAAAGGUUAUUUCUCGUGCCUCAGCACGGAGCUAGCGGCGACACUGUUACUGAGUUUGCAAGUGGUAAAAAGAAAACUGCUUCAGAAACGAGCAUGCAGAAGGGAAGACGGAACAGACAAGUCGAAGCCACCUUCGCCCAAAAAGACGAAGCACGAGACGAGGUGUGGAAUUGGAAAGCAGGAUGGAGAUGCACAAGAAGAUAAUUCGGGUGUGAAGAAUCAAAGUGGAGGUAGCGCUUUUGUAGCUGCAGAUGCCGAAGACGACGCGUUCUCAAACGUGCAAAACCUACUCUGGAGGAGUCUUCUGCAUCGAUUUGGGGACCUUUGUCCCGAGCUUCACCUUCGCUUGGCGCGUUUGAUCGCUGUCUCGUUAGUGCAACCGGCGUUGACUGAGAAGAAGUGGAAGAUUGGAAGUGAAGCAGGGAACAAGGGAUCGACCAACUACAGUUCCCCUGGCGAGGGAGCGCAAGACGAAAGAGCUCUUCGGUUGUUCGCGGAGGGGCAGCAGCACAGCUUUAAACCCGUCACUGCAGCUGCACUACUGAGUGGCAGUGGAGUCUCACGCUCAACAUUUCCAAAUUGUAGCAGCGAUCCAGUCCCUCCUGGGCAGCUCCUGACGAAACAAACCAUCUUUGCUCGGCAGGUGGUCGGUAAUCUGGGAUCUGCCGCUAGGCUCCGUCCGGGACGAUCACCAGUCCCGCUGACUGCAGAGCAGCUCUCGUCGUCUUGCGAGAUCGCAGCCUGCCUUGGGGAGACCGGAUUGUGGUCUAGACACGGACUCUUCGAGUACGUGCAGCCGCUGCUUCCUGCAAUCGUCGAGGCGUUACAUUCUACUUCGGAAAAAAUGCGUGGUCCACGAUCGUUCUCUGGAAAAGAGGGCCAAGAGCAUCUGCAAGGACUACGAACGGGGGCAUUUUUGUCAACAUCGACAGGUUUAGACUCACAUUCAUCGCAACCAGCGAGCGGCAACGACGACAUCGACGACGAGGAUCAAAGUAGACGUGGAGACGAGGACUUCUCUGAGGCUUUUGCUAUCGAAGAACCUCCUUCUACUGAUGACGAAGGUGUCGCUUCGCAGGGUUCAACGUCGGGAAAAAUGCCCACUACAAGAACCGUAUUGGAUUCCAAGAGCGCUGGGUUGCUGCUCUCCGCAAUCAACGGCGUUGGUGUCGUGGAGGACCACGUACUGAUCGAGUGCCUCCACCUUCUCGCGGAGCCUGCGGCACCUGUGCUGCGGGAGCGUGCAGCGCGGUACAGGAUCGGUGGUGGACAGCGACUUCUUGCACAGACUGGUGCUGUACCUGUGCUUUCCAGGUCAGACCGCAACGCUCGUCUGCUUUUGGGAACUGCUGCAAGUACAGCUGGUCCUUUGAUGGAGUUGGCACCGCCUUUACAAGAACAAUCACUUCUUGCGAUGAAUUAAAGUUGCUGUCGUGUGAAACUUGAAAGAGGAAAGUGGAACGUCCGUCGCUUGAAAGUAGCGACGCCUAGGUUGCAAUAACUAACAAAAUCUUGUGACCGUAUUGAACUCGUCUUUGUACGAGUGGAAAGUGUAAAU